AUGCUCUCGGAUGAAGAAAAUCUUCGACAGUUUCUCCAAAAGAACGAGUCGACUCAGUACAUCCGUCUUCAAUGGAUCGACUUCUCUGGUAUUCUACGCGCUCGCUUCGUUCCCGUUGCGCGAUGCAUGCAGAUAGCCCAGGGCUUUGAUAAUUAUCUUAUUCCGCAAGUGAGCAUGAUAUUUCCUGUCUCGACAAGACCUUCACCGAUCGGCAAUAAUAUUGAAACAUGGAUCUUGCGUCCCCACUGGUCCUCGCUACGCAGUUGCGGGUUCAGGCCGAGUCACGCCUCUGUGAUGUGUUUCUUGGAGCACAAGGAAGCUAAAGAUACAUAUGACAAGUGUCCGCGUAUGCUAUUAUCCGGGGCACUCGCGCAGCUUGAGGGAGAAUACGACACAAAGGUACUAGUCGGCUUUGAGAUUGAGGUCAUGCUCCUAGGCCAGAAUUACCAGCCCCUCAAUCAAUUAGACCGACUGAACAGCUAUCAGACGACUUCUGGGUUGCGUGGUCAAACGCUGGACAUAGUUGAAGAGAUUCUCGACUCUUUCAAGAAAUCAUCCAUCAACAUACACCACUUCCACACUGAAACUCAUGAUCAGAUAGAAUUUGCUCUCAGUCAUGAGCCGGCCCUUCAAGCUAUCGACUCGCUUAUUCUAGCACAGGAAACAAUCCGCACAGUCUUCAUCAAACACAACAUCAAGGCAACAAUGGCUCCUAAGCCACUCCUCGACGGGCCGACUAAUGGUAUCCACCUGCACAUGUCCGUUGAUAAGCUAGCGCCAACAUACACAGAUAAAUUCCUCGCAGGAAUUUUGAAACAUAUGGGAGCUAUUUGUUCUUUUGGAAUGGCCAACUUUGACGGCUAUGUUCGCACUGUCAAAGACGCGGCCGGUGCGUGGAUCGGGUUUGGUACUGAAAACCGCGAUCUACCAGUCCGCAAAAUAAGUGAUCAGCACUGGGAAUUCCGUAUGAUGGAUAGCACUUCAAAUCCAUACUUGUUUACCGGGGCAGUUUUACUGGCUGGCUUGAGCGGAAUUCGCGAGAGGGCGGUUCUGAUUUGGGAGGAUUGUCAGGUUUUCCCGCAUUCUCUCGAUGAAGGAGGUCGUGUCAAGUACCAAGUUGAUAAGAGGAUGCCGAGUAGUCUGCAAGAAGCGCUGGAAUCACUCAAGGAAGACGCUGAUUUUCAGGCGCUAAUACCGGAAGGCAUGUUGGGCUCUUACAUUCCCAUUAAAGAGAAAGAAGUCGAGGUGUUUCAGACCAUGACAGAGGAGCAGAGGAUCCGCAAAUUUCUGGAAUAUUUUUGA